ACCUUCAUAAAGGCACACCCCGCCUGUGGCCUCAGUUCAGCUCUCCCCUCUCACGGCGGCGGCACCCUGCAGUCAUGCUCAGUCUCAUCAAAUUUCCACGAGUCUUCAGCAUCAAUCAGGUGCCCAAAGUUUUCCAUGAGGACAGCAUCAUUUCUGGGUACCGGCACCCCAGGAGCUCCGCCACCGACUGCAUCCUCAGCCUCUUCCAGAUGACCAAUGAGACGCUAAACAUCUGGACUCACUUUCUACCCACCUGGUACUUUCUGUGGAAACUGGUGACGGUGGUGCUGAUGCAGCAGGGAUGGCAGGACUCCUUCACCUGGCCUCUGAUGGUCUUCCUCCUCUCCUGCUGCAUUUAUCCGUUGGCGUCCAGCUGUGCUCACACCUUCAGCACCAUGUCUCCGCGGGCGCGCCACAUCUGCUUCUUCUUUGAUUACGGGGCGCUCAGUUUCUACAGCCUGGGGACUGCAGUCGUUUAUUCAUUUUACGCUUUCCCCGACAAGUGGGUGAACAGCUCCUUUCAUCAGUGGUACAUCCCCAUCGCCAUGGCCAACACGCUCAUCUGCACCGUCCUGGCCUGCUACUCCAGGCUUGGCUUUCCGUUCCUGCAAUAUAACCGUGACUUGAAAAGAUUACCUGGGAGUCCAAGUUUCAGCAAAUUCUUUCGCAUCCUUGCCUUCGCCUACCCCUACCUGUUUGACAACAUUCCUCUCUUCUACAGGGUGCUUCUGUGCACAGGGGACGGCUGCACUGACAACGACACCAACAUCCUCCACUACAAACACAUCGCCUUGGCUGUCCUCACUGGCUUCCUGUUUGCCACCCGCUUACCUGAGCGCCUGGCACCCGGCAGCUUCGACUACAUAGGUCACAGCCACCAGCUCUUCCAUGUGUGCGGCAUCCUCGGCACCCACUUCCAAAUGCUGGCCGUAGAGCAGGACAUGGUGACGCGACGCCCCUGGCUCACCGCGAACUCCGUGCCCGUCUCGUUUGCCAACUCUCUGGGCCCAGCACUGCUUUGCGUGGUGGUGAAUUUGAUCCUCAUCUGCCUCUUUAGUCUGCCUCUCCUUUCUGGCCCGGCGUGGCAGAAAAGCAAACAGGGAAAAAAUAAAAAGAAACUCUGCUCCUGCUACUAAAUCUUAAUCCAGGUUUUUAUAGAUGAGUGAAAAGAAUAAGGGGGUAAAGAGAAACGGUAUACAAGCAUUCAGCUGUGAUAGCUGCUGUUAAAGUAUUCAAGAGCUGAGCUGAAGAUCUAGGGACGAGUUGCACAAUACGCUUAGAUACAAUGAACAUUUUAAU